AUGAUAGAGGUUGUUGAUUCAGAGGCUGUGGUGCUGAACCUUAACAAAGGAAACUAUAAGGAUAUGAGGCAUGAGUUGGCCUUUGAUAGAUUGGCCUCAACCCCACCCACCCAGCCAGGCCUCACCCCCACCCAUCCACCCCGGCCUCACGGCCACCCCGGCCGCACGCCUGCACGGCCACCCCCGGCCCCACGCCCGCACGCCUACCCCGGCAUCAAGCCCUCACGCCCACCCCGGCCGCACGGCCCCGCGGCCCCACGCCCACCCCGGCACCGCACCCUCACGCCCUCACACCCAACCGGGCACCGCACCCUCACGCCCACCCCCGGCCUCACGGCCCUCACGCCCACGCCCCGGCCUCACGCCCCACGGCCGUCACGCCCCCGCCCGGCCUCACGCCCCCACCCCGGCCUCACGGCCCUCACGCCCCCACCACGGCCUGACGCCCCCGCCCCGGCCUCACGGCCCUCACGCCCCCCACGACCCCGCCCCGGCCUCACGCCCCCCACGACCCGGCCCCACGCCCUCACGCCCCACCCCGGCCCCACACCCUCACGCCCACCCCGGCCCCACGGCCCCACACCCCUCACGCCCACCCCGGCCCCACGGGCCCCACCACCCUCACGCCCACCCCGGCCCACGGCCCCACACCCUCACGCCCACCCCGGCCCCACGGCCCACGGCCUCACCGCCCACCCCGGCCCCACGGCCCCACGACCCUCACGCCCACCCCGGCCCCACGGCCCCACGCCUCACGCCCACCCCGGCCCCACGGCCCCCCACACGGCCUCACGCCCACCCCCGGCCCCACGGCCCCCACGGCCUCACGCCCACCCCGGCCCCACGGCCCCACGGCCUCACGCCCACCCCGGCCCACGGCCCCACGGCCUCCACGCCCACGACCCCGGCCCCACGGCCCCACGGCCUCACGCCCACCCCGGCCCCACGGCCCCACGGCCUCACGCCCACCCCGGCCCCACG